GUUGUACUGUAUUUUGGGAUUGGACUGAGUUACUUUGUUGCUACAACAUUUUUUCUUUGGAAUAAUGCUGCUACUAUCUAUUUACGAUCUUGCUGUCUUAAUUCAGUGAGAAUUAGCUGCCCAUGACUGGGAAAAUGUAGUUAUCAAGCAUGUGAUAUGAUAUCAACUAUCAAGCAGCAAAUCCAGCAGUGAUAGUGGAGGCUUGCACUGGAGAAAAUGUAAAGGAGAUCGAGCGCGAGGGAUUGGUAUGGGCUUAAUUUAGACAGUUGCUAGUGGAACAUGACACUCAUUUUAAAUUAGGUAAAACAGAAUUUACAGUUCAACUCCAAUUUUGUUGCUUUCUUUACAGUUGGCUAAGAUGCUCUCUGUAAAGAAUAGCUAAUUGCUGCUAUUUCUGCAUUCAUUGCAAUAAAUUAGCCCAAGGAGAAAUUAAAGCAAACCAGACCAACCUCGUACUUGAUAACUGUGUAACAGAGACACAUAUGUCAGAGAGAGAAAGAGCGCCCAAGAAAAAGAAAAGGAACACAAAUCAGUGGAGGAAAAAGAGAAAAGCAAGGGUCCAUAUUAACUCAUCACACCAAGCAAAGAAUAUAUGCCUCUGUCUCUCUCUCUGUGUACAACCCCCACCCCCCCAUCCCAAGCCCCUUACUAAAAUCUGCUUUCUUCUUAAUUAAGUUUCCAUUUGAUUCUCUGUAUUGCCAGCACCAUGAUCCACCACCUCAUUACCUUGUUCAUGUUUCCCCGUCUCUUCACUGCCACUGUUGUUGUUGCUGUUGCUGUUGUUGUUAUUGUUUCCGCGCCAUGUGCGGUGUCAGUAGCCAAUGUCCCGAUCAGCACGUGCCGGUCCUACUGCGGCAACAUUACGGUGGACUACCCCUUCGCCCUCCGCCCAGGUUGCGGCCAUGCAGGCUUCCGCGACCUCCUCUUCUGCAUCAACAGCGUGCUGAUGCUCCAUGUGCCAUCUGGCUCCUACCGGGUCCUCGACAUCGACUAUGCCUACCGCGGCCUCACCAUCCACGACCCCGCCAUGUCUGACUGUUACUCCCUGUCCCUCUCUCACGGUGCCAAUGGCUUUGUCGUCGAGCCAUGGCGCGCGCCAUACCUCGAGCCUGACCGUGAUAACGUCUUCAUGCUGCUCCACUGCCAUGCUGACUCCCCGCUCUUCCAGGGCUUCCCAAACAAGCACUUGCCCUGCCGCAACGUGUCCGGUAUGAGCUGUGAGGACUACUACCGCUGCCCUGCAUGGGACGGGAUGUUGGCGGGUGAGGGAACAGCACCAGAAUGUUGUGCGGUGGAGUUUGGGGCGAUCCGGGCGAUUAACCUGACUCAUCUUCAGUGCGAAGGGUACAGCAGCGCGUACAGUCUAGCUCCUCUACGGGCGCUGGGACCAGGAGCAUGGGCGUAUGGCAUAAGACUAUCCUACUCGCUGCCCACCGACAAUCAGGGCUUCUGCGGAGCGUGCCGGGCCACCGGCGGGGUCUGUGGCCACAAUGAAGGCAGCGGCGCGGAUCUCUGCCUCUGCGGCAACUGGAACUCUACUUCCAAUUGCGACUCUGCAGUUGGCUCGUUUGCUCCAGUCAUCAAACCAAAACUACUCUCGACAAGUCUGCCAUGGGGGCUGCUGUUUUCUUGGUGGUAUGGAUAUCAGCUUUUUGGAGGGCUAUAAUUCUCUCUUUCGCGACUUAACGUUAUUUUUUUUAAAAAAAAAAGAUUAUUGAAGCAUGCUCAUUACAUUCAGAAGAUAAAUAUGAACAAGUUAUUCUACGGAUGCAGAAAGAAAGUGUUGGUUAUCUUCCUGCUUUUGUUUUACGCCCAGGAUUAAAGGGCUAAGUAAUGGAAAGGAAACACGCCGGAGGAAAUGAUCUUAAAUGUGUCUAUCACAGAAUGUAGCGGGGAUUAUCUUAUCAAAUCUUUAUUAUAAAGCUCUCCGUUCAGCAAGUUAUCUGUUCUGUAUAGUGCAGAUUCCACUUUCCAGAUGCUUGUUUGAAUUGGACUGUACCUUUCAA